UUCAGUCUUGUGCUCGAGUCUUUCUUUUGUGCUUCAAAGUGAUCUUCUGAUCAUGGGAUUCUUUGAGAAAUUCGUCCUCCUAUCAGAUUUGAUAGGCUUUUUUCUUGUUACUCGCUAUCCUUAUUUUGAUUUGUUUUGCAUGCUGAUGAAACUAGGACGAUCUACCGAUAAAUAUGUAGGGACAAACAAGGCCUACACUCCAUCAACCAGCAUCUUUUCGAUGGAAAUGUUGAGAGAGAACUUCGAUGUGUACCUCCACGGUUCAAUCUAUUUUGUCUGUGCUACGGGAAUGACUUUGGAUAUAGGCAGAAGAAAUUGCGGUUUAGUUUCUGCUUUUCACAUAGUUUACUUGGCUAUCUCAACUUGCUUUGAAAACAAGCAAUAUUGGUCAGAGUUCAUGAUGGUAAAAGUAGUUGCAAGAGCAGUUGCUGUUGUUGCUUGUUACUUGUUCAUUGCUGGAGGCCUUACUGACAGUAGGCGUGGCUUAGCAAAGGUGUCCAACUUUCUUCAAAUUGGUCGGCAACUCCUGGCACUUUAUCUGUUCUACCUUGCAUACAUGUUGUGGAUCAAUAGAGAAGAUCGUAUUGCCUUAGUCAAGCAUAUUCCUGGUGGAAUCAUCAUGUUAAUAGUAGUAGUAGUCAUUUAUGUUGGUUGUGGUUUGUGUAUUUAUGGUGGAUAUGAGGCAGGGUAUUUUGGUAAACUAGCAACUUGGCAGCUACUUAUAAUUACAUUGUUAUCAGAUUUAGACACUAAGUUCUGGUAUAAAGCAAAUGAUCGUAUUGAUCAUUGGACACAGAUACAGUUAGCUUCUAGACAUUUUGCUGUUAUGGGAGGGCUUAUUUUGUUAGGUAGAAAGCGUCAUUGGUAAGCAUCAUUGGAACUGUUUUUGAAGUCUGAGAAUUGCUACACUAUGUACUCGUACUUUAUUCGAGGGAUUUUCUCAUGGUUCUCAUCUUUUUACAAAACCUAACAAACUAAAUUCCAAUUAAUCAUCGAGUUAGCCGUACCCUGACUUUGAUCAGGAGUGUUGCUCAGCCCAGAGGUUGUUUCAGGGUUUGAUCUGAGUUAGCCAUGCCCUGACUUUG